ACCAUUUCAAUCGAUCUCCCUCCGCCAUUUCGCGAGUCCAGGGAGUAAGGAACCCGGAAAUUCCCGGAGAAUUUUUGUGCUCGAUCUCUACUCAUAUCAUCCUGUCACGCACAUACGCCAGUGAAGUAGUACAAGGUCGCGAGGCAAGCAAUUCAUGUUCAGCAUCCGGUGCAAGGCGAGCCGUUAAGUAUCCAAGCCGGAGGCGAGGCGAGCGCGCGCCGCAGCCAUGGACUGCUUCUUCCGCGUGCUCGGGCUGGCCAUCGUCAACACGGUGUGCAUCGGCGGCACGGGCCUUCUCAUCAGCUCGCUCGUCCGGCGCGCGCGGAAGCCCCACAGCACGAACGACAUGGUCGUGCUCUCCAUCUUCAUCGUCGUCUGGGUCAGCAUCAGCACCUGCAUCUACCCCGCCUUCUGCGGCAUCCUCUUCCCGUGGUCUGCGCUGGGGCGGUGCCUGGCGCCCCUUCUGAGCCCGCUCCUCGUGUGCCUGCGCGGCGUCGUCUGGCUACUCUUCCUGCCGUGCCGAUGCGUCCGCGCCCGGCUACGGCGCCCGAGCCGCAACGGGGGCGCUGCCAGUGCUUUACCACAGUUUGUGGUGCAAAGACAAGGCCAUGACAUGAACGUGCUCCCCCGGGAGCCGCCGGUGGGCGGCGGGGCGAGGGUGGUUGCCAUCGACGACAUCCCGACGUACGAGCAGCGGGACGCCGCGCUGCCAGAUGGCGGAUCGGAGUGCGCGGUGUGCCUGGGCGAGGUGGACGUGGGGGAGAUGGUGAAGCGGCUGCCGGCGUGCCUUCACAUGUUCCACAAGGAGUGCAUUGACCCGUGGCUGCGCGACCACUCGACCUGCCCGGUUUGCCGGUGUAGCGUCUUCGCGUCAUUGCCGACGCAAAUGGUGUGACCAUGUGACGUUCCUCCUGCGCUUUUUAUCCUUUAUUGAUGCUAAGAGACGCAGGUAGUUGGGUGCUAAUUGGUGAUCUGCGAGCGCCGGUUUGUUUUAUCAAGACCGGUAAAUGUAAAUAUGUUAAUGUUUUCGUUCCAAAACAAUCUGUGAAUGUAAUUGCAACUGCAUCUCCUCCUCGCCGCCGCCGCUCAUGCGUUGU